AUGGAGAGGCACAAGGACCCCGAGUAUGGAGGAAGAAUGGAGAGGCACAAGGACCCCGAGUAUGGAGGAAGAAUGGAGAGGCCCAAGGACCCCGAGUAUGGAGGAAGAAUGGAGAGGCCCAAGGACCCCGAGUAUGGAGGAAGAAUGGAGAGGCCCAAGGACCCCGAGUAUGGAGGAAGAAUGGAGAGGCACAAGGACCCCGAGUAUGGAGGAAGAAUGGAGAGGCCCAAGGACCCAGAGUAUGGAGGAAGAAUGGAGAGGCCCAAAGACCCCGAGUAUGGAGGAAGAAUGGAGAGGCCCAAGGACCCCGAGUAUGGAGGAAGAAUGGAGAGGCCCAAGAACCCCAAGUAUGGAGGAGGAAUG